CAGGAAGAAGCAAAAUCGAAACUCUUCAAUGAGUUCACCUUCAGAUAAAUAGUUUGUUUCUUUUUUUCCCCUGCGCUGGUUUCUUUCAGGAGCUCGGUGUGGACACAAUGAACGGCUCUUUGCACUCUCUCCAGAACUUUGUGGACAUAAAGCUGAAGCGAGGCCCGGCAGGUUUGGGAUUUAACAUAGUUGGUGGCGUGGACCAACAGCAUGUGAGGGACGAUGACGGCAUCUUUGUGUCUAAAAUAAAAGAAGAUGGAGCGGCGGCUGUAGAUGGAAGGCUUGAAGAAGGAGACAAGAUUCUUUCGAUAAACGGAGUCCCACUGGAGAGUCUGACACACAAAGCUGCGGUGGAUGUGUUCAGGACGGCGGGGGUGGAUGUGGAGCUCCGUGUUCAGAAAAAGGCUCGUGACAGACCCGGACCUCAGCCCGAGCACCCCGCCUUCACGUCUUAUCUGGGAACUCUAGCAUUAUUCGUCGGAGCUGUAGCUGUUCUAGCCUUCCUGUAUAAACGGCACAAGUAGAGAAGCUCUUUUAUCCAAACGAGCAGCUGUGUGUUAAUUUUAUUAUCAAAUCUUUGAACGCCAAAGAAGGGAACCAAGUCCGAACAGAGCUUUUUAUUUUAUUUCUUAUUAGCAGGUAGCGAGUUUCUUCAUGCUCCUCUGUAUUUUGUGAUCACUGGUAGCUUCUCGACAUCUGCAGGAGGUUUAAAUGAAAGGACGUGCACGCUCCCACGGCGAGGAUGAGCUCCGUGCACGUCGAACUGAGUCAGAUCUGUCUGGAGGCGAGAGAAGUUUUCACUUGGACCAAAAUCCUGCGAGGAGCGUCUUCCCUUCCCGAGCGGUGGGAUCACUCGCCUGCAGAUCACCGUCUCUCAUCUCUCACUGCCCAAAGCUGAAGGGCGAUAAUGUUUUUGCAUUUCAUUUGUACCGUUAGCAAAAUAUCAUGAACUGAAAAGAUUUGAAGGAAACUCAAACACGUGAAGUGAUGUUUUGGUUUGAAGCGCAGUAAAGGAGUAAACCAUCAGUACGUGGUAGGAGGUCCGCUUUUUGGCCAUUUCAGCAAAUUAUUUCAUUAAAGAUCGAUCGAUGAUCAAUCAGCUCAUUGAGUCACUUUAAAAACAUUUUUAAGAGUCUCUUCAGGUGAACAGAAAAAUGAAAGCGUUUAAUAAAAACCAGAGACUAGUUCUUUUAUCAUAAACCAUGUUCGAUAAAUGCCAAGAAAUAAAACGUUCAACGAUGGACC